AUGGCUUCAGGCUUGUUCUCUGGUGUCUCUCCAUGGCAUAUUCCCGCCAUGUUCAUAGGCACCGCUUUCACUCUCGGCGGUCUUCUUCCUUUGAGAGCCCCAGACCGGGCUAUGCGCGAGUACGGGUUGCCUGAGGGCAUUGCCAGGUCAGAGCCAGCACAAUUAGCAUUUGGUAUCUACGGCACUCGUGUCGCUGCUUAUGGCGUCGCUCUGUGGACGUUCUAUCUUCGUGGUGAAUACCAUGUUGUUGAUACGCUCAUGAGCUUACUCUUCUUGUGGGGUGCGGCUGACUGUUGGAUUUGUAUUAAGGCUGGUGUGCCCAGAACAGCUGCCUGGAGAUUUGUGAGCAGUAUCAUGAUUGGCGGCCCACCAGGCCAGAAUCCCUAA